GAGCUUCAGUCAAGUGUUGGUCACUCCAGUGGGCAGGUCUGGGUCUGUGAGAGACGGGGUCUUCCUAAGUCAACACAAGUGCAACCGUGCAACACCCCGCCGAGGAUGUGGUGCAUCAAAAGUGUUCUUGAAUAACAAAGAUUAACCUACACAUUUUUGCUCGAUCGAAAGUGGUUGUUUUUGUGUGUGGUGAUCCAGUAGGUGGUUGUGAUUAGGGGAAAGCUCUUGGAGGAAGCUGUGAGGAGCCGUUGAGGAAGACUCUUAAGACAGGAUGGUGCUGAUAGUGAGCGAGCAUCUAGUGAAGGAGGUGCCCUCCUCCACCAACGGCAUAUACACAUCUUGGCCCCGUCUCAAGGAGACGUCCCACGCCCUCACCACGCUGAUGACGGAGGAGGUUGGGCCGCCUGGCCUCCUGUACCUCAGGCAGCGGGAGUACGCCGUCACCGUCCCACAUGAUGAAAACCUGCACAUAUUGGGCACUGAUGACGCCACCACCUCCGUUAUGGCCGUCUUGAGACACACAGGUUCUGGGGCGGUGGGUCUGGCACACUUCGACAAGUGCAGCCAUGACGAGUGUCUGAGUGGGCUACACAUCUGCUCUCACGACGAUGGGGUCCUGCACCUGCUCACCCGCAUCAACGAGCUCUCCAUGGGAUACACCGAUGGUCGUCUCGAGCUGUGCGUCGUCGGAGGCUUCCAGGACGCAAGAGCCAUUUGUGAGAAGGUCACACUCUCCCUCCUCAAUGCCAUGCACAAAAGCCCACCACAGAUCCACCUGGUUCUGCUAUGCACCGGAGAGAUGAACACCACGCUACGAGGCAACAUCUCAUGGCCACUUGUGAAGGGCAUAGGUGUGAGCACACAGACUGGCAAGAUCUUCCCUGCCACGUUUACUGACAAAGGACCAUAUCUUGUCCUUCGUUCCACUAGGGUCUUCACUGGUGCACAACAGAUGGUUGAUAUUUACGACUGUGCUCUGGGAUUAUUGCGAAUUGGGCCAUUUAACUACGAGCCUCAUGCAGGCGUGGAACUCCUAUUACAGCAGACAGACGAUGUCAUUCUUCAGUGUCUGUCCACAACACCAGAAGUUGAGGGACCAAGUUGGGUCAAGAUGGUACGAGAGGUACUUAAACACAUCAAAGAGCAUCCCUUCCCUGCAGUAACAAUAUUCCCAGACAAUCGGCCUCAUUACUUCCGUCGAGACAACUCUGGCGCAUGGACUCCCGCAGAGCUCCCCAACAACAAUGAUUCUACUCCCGAUGCUAAUAUUCAAGCAGCCGUUCAGGCUGUUGCCGGAGCUGCAGUUGCUGCCACAGGCGCCUGGACACAGGCAGGAGGAGUAACAACCACCUCGGCCCCACCUACACCAGCUGCUCUUUCCCCUGCCCCUUGGGGUGCUUCGGUACCUCCCAGAUAUGGAUCUCUGCAUUUGGACUGCCGCUUGAAGACACACCUAGCUGUACCGCCAGUUGUAAAUCCAGGACAACAUUAUGACGAUCCUCUACUUAAUCCCGUGAAGGAUCGUUUCAUGCCAGCUUGGCAGGCCUCACAAUUGUGACCAUCCACUUUUAAUCUGCAAGACCCCUUCCCUCUGCCAGAAGGCAUGGGAGCAGGCUGAAUACCUGGCUGGGUGACGUGGCUCUGCGGCGGAGCACCGUCGCCACAUUUCUGCACCAGCCGCCAGAAUUCAUCGUGCCAAACUGCAGACCACUACCAUCAACUACAUAUUACCUACACUACUAACUCUCACACUUGUUAAUGCAGUAUAUAUAUAUAUAUAUAUAUAGAUUACCAAUUUUUGGGAUAGCCCACAGGAGGAAUACCAAAUCUUUAAUUCAUUUGACUAGCUACAUUCUAUAUGUAGAUUAUUAUUACUGUACUGAAAUUUGUUAUUAAUUUUAUUAAUAUUUGUUAUAAUGAAAGAUGGAUUAAUGAUGGAUACUGGAUUAAGCAUAACUAUUAGGCUACACAUUGCAAAACAUCUAGACUACAACAUGGAUUAAAAUUGGGUGUUGCUUAAACUUAAGUUCAACUUGUGUGGACAUGUGUGGGUGUGAUGCAGUGUAUGGUGUGUGUGUGUUGGAGAGGAGGUGGAGGUCUUGCUGCAGCGUUGACUCGGGCUCUGGCCAUUAAUGCUAAGUGUCUCUCUCCUCCCUGGUGCAAUAUUUAUCCCGGGUCGGGGUAUUCAUCAAUAACUCUGUAAUACUUUUGCAGUGCCACUGUUUAGUAAAAGGUGAUCACGAGUGAUCCAAGAUAGGAAGAAAUUAUUUUAACGACUAGUGUCAAUGUUCAAAUUAAAGAAAGUGUAUUAAAGUUUUCCAACAGUGAUCAGCACAUUAUUAUAUCACAGGAUUAUUUGCAGAGAUUCUCCACCGCAGAAUGUAGAAAUUCAUUCUCAUCACAUUAAAUAAAAUGAUUGAAAUGUUAUCAUUACUGGCCUAAAUUAAGUAAGAAUUUAAAUUCAAUGUGAUAGUAAUUCAUUUGUCUAGGAUAUGAAGUCUUAAAAGCAUUUUCUGUGUUCUAUAUUAAUUCAUAACACCAUGCCAAUACAGAUGUCAAUAUUUCAGUUAUUUUACUUAGUCUAACAUUCAUGAUAGGGUCGACAUUUCAGUUUAUGCCAUUUAUUAAAGGGUAAUAUUGUAAUUGUGUUGCGAGCAAUAUUACCUUAGGGGUAAUGUAUAUGAAUGGUUGUAUUACCUUCUGUGUAAUGUAUAUGAAUCUUUUAGUGCGCAUUGUUUUACCUUUGUACAUGUAGAUGUUCUCAGUAGGACAUACACUAUAUAAGUCUGUGAAUAUUAUUAUUAUUUUUAUUUUAUUUUUGGUAGUGAUAGAAGGUACUUUUUAUGUAUUUUUUCCAUUAUAUGCGAUAGAAUCUCUUAAGGUGAUCUGAUGUGUGACAAAAAGGGUUUUGCUUUUUUUUAGACUUUUAGAUAUUUGUUGUCAGGUUUAUGAAAAAACUGCUCUGCAGAUAAAACAGGUUGCCAAACUUUGUGCCAAUAACUUGUCUGGCAAACAAAAAAAUAAAUAAAUAAAUAAAUAAAUAAAUAAAAAUAAUUUUUGUUUAUAGAAAUUACCAAAUUUAGGGGCCUAGUGUGAUUGGCUGCCAAAGCAGAUUUAAAUGUAUAUUUUUCUUGUGUGACAAUACAGCUUUUAAAUUGUUCAAAAACUGUUUCUUACAACAAUUACAUUAGUAUUUACAUUUUAUCUACUGUUUAAGGUUAUAAGCUUUUUCAACCACUUAUACUGUAUAAUAGAUGUGUUUCUUCAAACAACUUUUGUUAUUCAAUAUGGAACUAAACUUGGAAACAAUGUAGUUCCUCUAAUAUAUAUAUACAGUACACAUUUAAUAAGAUUAUACUGCAGAAAGUGUUCAAAUUUAUCAAUCAUGACAGCGGAGACUAUUGUGGUGUUUAAGGACUUCCUUAUGAAUGUAGACCAUUUUUUGUGGGGGCAAUGCUGAAUUUAUUGAUAAUAUGAAUUCCAGUGUGUAUGUUUGCCAUGUUUGAGGUGGUGGUGGAAAUUUAACUAAACACAGUAACCAAGUUGUUAUUAUUGGAAUAUCCAAAAUGCAGUCUUGCUCAAAACUGUAAAAUUGUAUGACAUAAGAUUCCUUACAAUAAAUAUAAAUUUAAAAUUAAAAUAUACUUUAGCAACGUUAUAUAAAUAUAUUCAAGUAAUUGGAAUGUCGAAUAAAUUCCACUACAGAAGAUUAUUGUGAAUAAGCUUUAGGCUCGGCUCUACCGCCGUCGCUGCCACCACUGCCUCUCUCUCUGCUAGUGUGUUUCGGAGGAGUUACAGUGUACCGUGUUGGUGGACCUUCUUGCUAGUGAACUAGCUCUCCUGUACCUGCUAUGUUAACAUCAUCAAUGCUCUUAACAUGACCAUUGCUAUGCUCUCAAGACAUUUAUGAUCAUAUUUGAAGAACAAAUAUGAUUAUAAAUUAUUACUGUAUUUUAUUGAUUUUUUUUUUUUUUGUUAUAUGACAGUUUAAUUAUCAGAUUUUAUUAGAUUCAAGAUAAUUUUUGUAAUGUACUGUAAUAUUGAAAACUUGAGAAUAAAAUUAGUAAAAGUUUAAUUUUAAAUAAAAACUUUGUACAGAUGACUUGGAUCAAGAAGAAACAUUAAUUCAUGUCUUCUUCCAAACUCCAUUGUUUGGGAUGCUAGGAGCAGGUGAUAAAGAGGACUUUUGUAAAUCAUAUAGAGCAUCAAGUCUGUUUUUGCUUAUUAGUAGUGUUUAACUCUCUGGAAAUAGAACUUUCCAGACUGGAGGAGAAAAAGCAAAGACACGGUGGGAAGUCUUAAUUAAAGAAAUCUUGCACCAAUAUCUGAAUUUACCCGAGGGCCACUAUCUCCUUAUUUCCCUGUGCCUCAAUGGGCACAGGGAGCCAGGGGCAUGUUAAAGUGUUCCCCCCCAUUAUUGAAUUCCCCCAUUAUAUCACUCUUUGCGGACAUUACCAGCAGUUACUUGUACCUCUCUUAAGCAUGUCUGUGCAUUAUAAAUUAAUAUUUUUAAUAAAAACAAAUAAUAUCUUUGUUUUAAGAAUAUUUAAUUUGACUUAAUCAAUGAGCAAUUGAGAGAAAAAAACAGGGAUCAAUUCAUCUUGAUCAAUAACUAAGGUGCUAGUGUUGAAGUGUGAUGGUCAACAGUUGAGUAAUUAAGAUAUUGAUGUAAUUUAUAAGAAUUUUCUGCUUUCUUAGGGAUCAUGUUAUCUUUACAGAAUGUAGAUUGUUUUUACAUGGUUUAAAUCGAUUCUCAGUUCAUAUGUUUAUUGCAUUAUGUACUUAGUCUGUCUAACCAGCAAGUACAGUACUUAUUAGUUAUAAUGAAUAUUAUGUAGCAUUUAACAAUGUCCAGGGUGUUAUUUAACAUGAUUGUCGUCUUUACAUUUCCUUCUUUCUAACCACAUUGAGGAGAUUAAAUCUCACCCUUCUUUCACCCCCUAGACUUUACCCCUCCAGGAAAACAUUAUACAAAAAUUGUCAUCUCUGUAUUGUACAUUUUGUAAUAGCUUUUAAGCCUGUACCUAUUAUAUUGAGGGAAUCUUGUCUUUGAGGGCCACACAUUCACAAAUGUUCUAUUUUUUCACAAAUCACUCAUUAUUGUCAAAUAUAUUUCCAUGUACA